AUGAAAGACCAAAACGUCAGCAUAAAAGACAGACACAGGGAACGUGGCAAUAAAGAUCAGCAAACAUACGUACAAGUGCCAUCUACAAUCAAAGCAAAUAAGGACAAGGUGAUGAUCCUCCACCCAGAAUUCAUAAGAUACGUCUAUGAUAAUUGGGCAGAAGGGCAUGGCAGAUAUCCAUCCACUGGUUUCUUAACACUGAUAUUUGCUCUUCACAUCUGUGAUGAGGUGAAUGUAUUUGGGUUUGGAGCUACGAGUGAUGGAAACUGGCAUCAUUAUUUUGAUAAAACAUUGACUUCAUAUGAGAUCGGCAUUCAUGGUGGAAAAUUUGAAAAUGAAACAAUUAAUCAAUUAAUCGGCUCCUGGAUUAUAGAGGAGGGAGUGUCAGGCUUUACAGGGAUUCAAAGGAAUCAGAAUAGAGCCCCAGGAUGACAGGAAAUAUUUGAUUGUGGGUUUCAGCAUGAAUAAGAGUCCAUACUGUUUACACAAAAAGAAAAGGCCUUUCAGGAAAGUGUUAGCAUAUCCUAAAUCUUUCAGCAAUACCAUCCUCAAUAUUGCUUAAUGAAAGAAAAGAAUAAAUAAAUAAAUUCAUAGACUGAAUUUAAUAUUAUUUUUGGAGGAAUCAUUUUUUCUCACUUUUUUUUUUUAAAGAGGGCUUUUAUUUUUGCAUGUUUUCACAACUAAUAAUAGUUUUUUAUCUUGAAUAAGAUUUUCUUCACAAUGAUAAAUAAAUUAAUAAUGCAUGGAUAACUCUUUCUCUUACAGGUGAAUGCAUUUGGGUUUGGAGCUACGAGUGAUGGUAACUGGCAUCAUUAUUUUGAUAAAACAUUGAUUUCAUAUGAGAUCGGCAUUCAUGGUGGAAAAUUUGAAAAUGAAACAAUUAAUCAGCUCCAACAGGAAAA